AUGCGUACGUUCCUUUUCUCCAUCGUUCUCCUCUUCUUCAUCUCCUCCGUCAUCUCCACCGUCCCCGCCCAUGAAACACCAACAACACCCGCCACACUACCAGCUAAACGCACCAAAGGAGGCCAUGGUCGCCGUCGUCGCAACGCAGCCAAAUUCUUCGGAUUCGUACGUGUAAACCGCACAAUGUAUCUCCACAGCGAAACCGAAUUAGCCAAGGAGUUCAUGCACGCGCACAACUGGGUGAGAAAGGAGUACAAGCUCCCCGCAUUAGAAUGGAGCGAAACGCUCGCAAACUUUGCGAAGAAAUAUCUCCAGGAAAGGUACGAAGAUUGUAAGCUUGUUCAUUCUUCUGCGAAUUACGGCGAGAACAUGUUCUGGGGGAAGAAACUGCACUGGACACCUUCUGAUGCGGUUUAUUACUGGUACAAGGAGAAAGAUUCGUUCGAUUUUAACACGUUAAAAUGCGCGCCACCACCGAAGCUUUGUGAACAUUUUACGCAGAUUGUUUGGAGGGAUUCUUCGCAUGUUGGAUGUGCGUUGCAGCAUUGCAAGAAUGUUGGAACUGGGAUGCUUAUCGCCUGUGAGUAUGAUCCACCGGGUAAUUUCGUUAACGAGAAUCCUCUCGUUCAUACUACUUAA